UUUUACUACUAAUCACAGCUUUGCAUAUUUUCCCCUUUUCCUCUCUUUCACUUCAACACUGAAACAAAACCAUCUUUCACCAAAUCCCUGCUAAAGAACAAACGGAAACAGAUGGGCUGCACAGUGAGAGAUAAGCAUAGGUCGACCCGGAGAAACCGAUCGGUGAAACCCGAUAUCGAUCCCUGCUGUCUUAUUGAUAAAGACUCUAUAUCCAAAUCCAUGCUUGAAUCGGGUUUCAAGUCCUCGAGUUACCAUCUGUGUCUAAACGAUUCAACCCAAAGCCCUAAUCCUACUCCUAAUCAUAAUACCAAUACUAAUUUUAAUGAUCAUGGUUUAGGGUAUUGUACUGAGGAACAAUUAGAGGAAUUUUUAUUGAAAAAUCUGGAGUUUUUAUAUAAUGAAGCUAUAUCUAAGCUUGUAGCGUUAGGUUAUGAUGAGGAUGUUGCAUUGAAGGCGAUUUUGAGAAAUGGGCAUUGCUAUGGUGGAAUGGAUGUGUUGACUAAUAUAUUGCAUAAUUCACUGGCUUAUUUGAAUAGUAGUUGUGGUAGUAGUAAUGGGAGUAAUUCUGAGGAAACCGAUACAGGUUUUCCGGAUUUAAGGCAACUGCAGGAGUAUUCUCUUGCCGGUAUGGUUUGUUUGUUGCAACAAGUUAGGCCACAUUUAAGUAAAGGUGAUGUUAUGUGGUGUUUGCUUAUGAGUGAUCUUCAUGUAGGUAAGGCUAGCACCAUGGAGAUUCCGUUACUUCCUUCACCCUCCAAUGGGUGUACUCCGGUGUUGAACAACCUAGAUAACAUUGGUAAUAAUGGGGUCGGUGUUGUUUCACCAGCACUAUGUAGGUUUCAUGGUGGUUGGGGAUUUGGUAACGGAGCAGCAGUAAAUGGGUUCUUUUCCAAUGGCUCAGAAAUGACUUUGCAGAGGGAUAUUGAAUGUCCUGAGAGGUUUAAUCUUUCGCCUUCAAUGAAGUCUUUGUUGAAGAGGAACGUUGCAAUGUUUGCUGCUAGCUUUAGGGCCAACUCAAAACAAACACAGACGCAAAAUCAGACAUGUGUGGCCAUGAUGCCUAGUGGGGAUGCCCCUCUGGCAGCCCCUGGGAGUGAUGUUCCAGCUGAGAAAGCUGAUGACUCACGCAAUUUGAAGAGCCAGGACGGGGUUACUUCAGUAUUGAGUAAAUUUCGUGAUUUGAAUAUUGAUGAGAAUUUGGAACAUGUUGGGGAAGUUCAGAGAGGUGAAAUGAUAAUUUCUCUGCUUCAUCAAAUAAAGGAUCUUGAGAAGCAAGUGAAAGAGAGGAAGGAGUGGGCUCACCAGAAAGCAAUUCAGGCUGCAAGAAAGCUUAGUAAUGAUCUGACAGAACUUAAAAUGUUGAGGAUGGAGAGGGAGGAGAUGCAGCAGAUGAAGAAGGGGAAACACAAAAUAGAGGACUCAACCAUGAAGAGGCUGUCAGAGAUGGAGAAUGCUCUGAAGAAAGCAAGUGGACAGGUGGACCGAGCAAAUGCAGCUGUGAGACGGCUUGAGACUGAGAAUGCAGAAAUCAGAGCUGAGAUGGAGGCUUCUAAAUUAAGCGCAUCUGAAUCAGUCACAACCUGUCUUGAGGUUGCGAAAAGGGAGAAAAAAUGCCUGAAGAAGCUUUUGGCUUGGGAGAAACAGAAAACUAAAUUGAUGGAGGAGAUUGCUGAUGAAAAGGAGAAGAUUAUAGAGCUCCAACGAUGCUUAGCUCGAGUAGAGCAGGAUCAGAAAGAAACUGAGUCAAAUUGGAAAGAGGAGUUGAAGGCCAAAGAGGUAGCCUUGGCUCAAUUGGAGCAAGAACGGCAUUCCAAGGAAGUAGCUGAGGCGAGCAAUAAAAGAAAGCUUGAGGCUUUGCGUCUGAAGAUAGAGAUAGAUUUUCAGCGCCUUAGGGAUGAUCAUCAACGACUUGAGCAGGAGCUUUCCCGUCUGAAACUGUCUGCACAAUCUACCGAGUUGAAUCAUCAAACAGAUAAUUUACUCACAGGAAAGUCAGAGGGAGCAAAGCCACAGGGAGAAACAAUUGCCAAGUUGCUUCACGAAUUAGAUAAGCAUCAGGAUUCUUCUGAGAAUGAAGUCAUCAGUGACAGAGAAUGCAUAAUAUGUUCAAAAGAUGAAGUCUCUGUUGUUUUUCUGCCUUGUGCACACCAAGUCCUAUGUGCUAAUUGCAACGAAAGUUACGGGAAGAAAGGCAAAGCUACUUGCCCAUGCUGCUGGGUGCCAAUUGAACAGAGAAUCCGGGUUUAUGGUGCUACUUCAUAGUUGCAGCUUGGUUUUAAGAAAACACUAUGCUGCAAACUUCAGCAUACUUGGUAUUUAUGCAAUUUUCUUUAUCUAGCAAAUCAAUGAUACUGCUGGCUUUUACAUAUACUUGCUUGCUUUUAACUAAACAUACCCUUGGGAAUUCCCAUGGAGAAUUUGUAUUUAAAUAAGUACCAAUCUUCUAUCAGCUGUCUUGUGCUUUUGGCCUUGGAAUAAGUUA